CAAAAACAUUCAUCCUCACAAUAUCUUACCAACUGGGAAAAACAAAUCAGCCACUUACUUUACAGACUCCACCUCCUGGUAAGAUAGAUCCAUCUCCCAAGACUGUUAACAAGCUGACAGAUCAAUCAGACCCAAGAACAACUGCCAAUCCAAAACAUUAA